AUGUCAAAACAUUAUACUAGUUAUGAUUCAAAUAAUAUACCACCGAUACAAUCAACAAAUAAGAUUAAUUUCAUAAAUUAUAAUGUAUAUGAUGCAGCGAAAAGAGAAACUAUAUUGAAAGAACAAGAAGCACAUAGAACGUGGACAAAAAAAUAUGAUCCAUGGUUUAUUAAUGAAUAUCGACAAAUGUAUGAUAAUAUGGCUGAAGUUCAUGGAAUUCCUCGUGAGAGUUCUGUUAUUUCUUUGAAACGUACUGAAUGGCAACAACCAAGUAAUAUAUUUCCUCCACUUAAUGAACGUUUGAACGGACAACGUCGUCGACGUAUAUUGGGAGCAUUUCCCGAGACAGAAAAUGAUGUAAGGAUAUUUAAUUAUUUGAAAAUUGGUUGGAGAGUUUUGCCUGAACAUACAAUUGAAUUAUAUGGACGUUUUAAAACAGCGAAUGACAUGAAUCCAUUACCAAAACAAUAUAGGAUUUCUAAUUGGCCUAUUGAAAGUUUAUAUUAA